AUGGCGGCGUCGGGCGGCGCGUACGCGGCGCAGCUCCCGGCGGUGCCGGACUGGCUGAACAAGGGCGACAACGCGUGGCAGCUGACGGCGGCGACGCUGGUGGGCAUCCAGUCCAUGCCAGGUCUGGUGGUGCUGUACGGCAGCAUCGUGAAGAAGAAGUGGGCCGUGAACUCGGCCUUCAUGGCGCUCUACGCCUACGCGUCGUCGCUGCUGGUGUGGGUGCUGGUGGGGUUCCGCAUGGCGUUCGGGGAGCGGCUGCUCCCGUUCUGGGGCAAGGCCGGCGUAGCGCUCUCCCAGGGGUACCUCGUCGGGCGCGCCUCGCUCCCGGCCACCGCGCACGGGGCCACGCCCCGCACCGAACCCCUCUACCCGGAGGCGACGCUGGUGCUGUUCCAGUUCGAGUUCGCCGCCAUCACGCUCGUGCUCCUGGCGGGCUCCGUGCUGGGCCGCAUGAACAUCAAGGCCUGGAUGGCCUUCACCCCGCUCUGGCUCCUCUUCUCCUACACCGUCGGCGCCUUCAGCCUCUGGGGCGGCGGAUUCCUCUACCACUGGGGCGUCAUCGACUACUCCGGCGGAUACGUCAUCCACCUCUCCUCCGGCGUCGCCGGCUUCACCGCCGCCUACUGGGUGGGCCCGAGGCUGAAGAGCGACCGGGAGCGCUUCUCCCCGAACAACAUCCUGCUGAUGAUCGCGGGCGGCGGGCUGCUGUGGAUGGGCUGGGCCGGCUUCAACGGCGGCGCGCCCUACGCCGCCAACAUCGCGGCGUCCGUGGCCGUGCUCAACACCAACGUCUCCGCCGCCACCAGCCUCCUCACCUGGACCUGCCUCGACGUCAUCUUCUUCAACAAGCCGUCCGUGAUCGGCGCCGUGCAGGGCAUGAUGACGGGGCUCGUCUGCAUCACCCCAGGAGCAGGCCUGGUGCAGACAUGGGCGGCGGUGCUCAUGGGCGUAUUCGCGGGGAGCGUGCCGUGGUUCACCAUGAUGAUCCUGCACAAGAAGUCGGCGCUGCUGAUGAGGGUGGACGACACGCUGGCCGUCUUCCACACGCACGCCGUGGCGGGCCUGCUGGGCGGCCUCCUCACGGGGCUGCUGGCCACGCCGGAGCUGCUGGAGAUCGAGUCCCCGGUGCCGGGCCUCCGCGGCGCGUUCUACGGCGGCGGGGCCCGGCAGGUCGGGAAGCAGCUGGCGGGGGCCGCCUUUGUGGUGGCGUGGAACGUGGCCGUCACGUCGCUCAUCCUGCUCGCCAUCGGCCUGGUGGUGCCGCUGCGGAUGCCCGACGACCAGCUCAUGAUCGGCGACGACGCCGCGCACGGGGAGGAGGCCUACGCGCUCUGGGGUGACGGCGAGAAGUUCGACGCCACGAGGCACGACUUGGCGGCGAGGGUCGGCGGCGGUGGCAUGAUGGAUAGGGAAGGGUCGGCGGACCAGCGGAUGUCAGGCAUGGGAGCCAGGGGCGUCACCAUUCAGCUGUAG